GGAAACCUGCAAGGGCUAAUGCAGCUCCCCAGUAAUAAUAACAGCUCGGAGCCAUUACUGGUCUUGAAUGGGCAAUGUAAGGAAGCCAUUCCUGGAAGCUGAAGAGAUUAGCUGCAUAGAUAAGACUGUGAAACUGGAGAAGGUAGCAUGUCUAUAACAUUUAUAGGUGUACCUCAAAGGCUUCCUUCAAGGACUUCGGUUGGUUCUUUAUUGUCCCCAUUGGAGUCACAGUUCUGGGACUGGCUCACCAUGAUUUUGCUGGCACAAUGUGACAAUUCUUCUCUUGUUGUAUUACAAAUGAAUUUGGGAAUUACUGUUCUUUUGGGAUAACUGAGAUCAUUCCAUUGUUUUUCUCUUUGGUACUCAGAAAUGCCGGUACUGAAAAUUUCAAUGCAGAACUUGUUCGCUUUGCUUUGUUUUCCAGCAAUGACUUCCCUCUCAGUGGUGGUGUUUCUGGCUGCUGUGCUGUUUUCAUCCUUCCCUGCAAAUGGCCAGGUAUGGUUAAGAUUGGAAAUCUUUUUAGAACGAUCCAGGCUACAUUCAGGUUUUGCUGAUUUGUCAACCACCCUAACCCAAGUCCAAAGGGAGAUUGUAGAUAAACACAAUGAACUAAGGAGAGCAGUCUCUCCAGAAGCCAGCGACAUGCUGAAGAUGGGAUGGGACAAUGAAGCAGCAAAAAAUGCUCAAAACUGGGCAAACAAGUGCAUUUAUGAACACAGUGACAAAAAGGACCGAAGAACCAAUACAAGCUGUGGUGAGAAUCUCUUUAUGUCAAGUGCCCCUACUUCAUGGUCAUAUGGAAUCCAAAGUUGGUAUGAUGAGAGCAGUGAUUUUGUCUAUGGUGCAGGACCAACAAGUCCCAAUGCAGUUAUUGGACAUUAUACUCAGGUCGUUUGGUCCACUUCCUUCCGUGUCGGAUGUGGAAUUGCGUACUGUCCUAACCAAGGCGUGUUAAAAUACUUCUAUGUUUGUCAAUACUGUCCUGCUGGUAAUUAUAUAAAUAGGCAGUAUUUCCCUUACAAAAAAGGACCACCUUGUUCCAGUUGCCCUGGUUACUGUGACAAAGGACUAUGCACCAAUAGCUGCGGUUAUGAAGAUGCCUAUAGUAACUGCCCAGAUUUGAAGAAGAUGUUCACCUGUACACAUGCAUUGGUCAGAAACAAUUGCAAGGCCUCCUGCAAUUGUGAGGGCAAAAUUUAUUGAAUACCUGAUAUACACUGAGCAAGGCUAAGUGGAAAAGGGCUACCUCAUCCACUUAGCUUUGACAUGUAAAAAAAAGAUUUGACAUGUACUAGCAGGGAAAUUGUAGGCAAGUUAGUUACAAAUUUGAUUCCAAACCAUAACGGUUCUUUUUCUCUUGGAUUUGCUAUGUUACUUUACAGAAAUCUCCCACAUACAAAGGGUUUUAAAAAAUUCCUCAAGCUAUAGUUAACAUCUUUGGAUUUUGAUAAAAAAUUUAGUGCUUUAAAUUGAAUGAUUUGAAUCAAGUUGGUGAUUCUGCAAGUUGUAUUUCUUCAUGACUGAGGUCACAAGAACUCUGAAUUAAAACUGGGAAUCAUGCUCCUGAAGCAAAAUUUAUAAAAAUAGCAGACAGUAAUAGCAUUAUCACAUGAAUCCUGGAUUACAGUCCUCUUUUCAAUUUAUACUUUACAGCUAAACAUCUUCAAAGAAUCAUUCGCCUAUGCUGUCGUUAAUUCCUUUUUUCUCAUUUAUCCUUCUUCCCAUUCAUCUGGCCCCCACCCUUGUAACUGAACUGGCUCUGUUCUUCCUAACAUAACAUUGACCUUUAUUUUGCCAAAAUCAACAAAGACUUUUGAUUCUUCACCUGCAUUAAUUUCACAGCAGAAUAUGAUAACACCUUCUUUUUUAAACCCCUUAGACAAAUAUCCUUUAAAGAAGAACUACAAAUCUGUGUAAAUACUCUUCCCCCAAGGAGCAGAACUUAGGCCCCGCUCUCUUUCAAAGUGGGCUGUUCUUAGCGAUUCAUUUUCUAAAAAGUUGAGUGUGGAAAGGGAACAAUAGUAACUUUCCGGUGGAGAAAUCUUCAAAAGCCACCUGAAACAAGUCAUCAGGGUUAACAUCACCAUUGAUAAAUCAUGUGGAUUCAUGUACCCCCGAUGUGAUGUGAUUAGGAGGGCAUUUGACCUCUUUAGUAUUCUUUCUAAAGACUUAUAACCCUAAACUAACCAUGAGGUAGAAUACCAGACAAACCCAAAUUGACAUUCCUGACCAGUACUGCUCAAAACUGUCAAAAUCAUGAAAAACAAGGAAAUUCUGAGAAAUUGUCACAGACCAGAAGAGACUAACGAGACAUGAAAAUUGAAUGUAAUGUCGUAUCUGGAAUUGGAUCCUGGAACAGAAGAAAAAUCCUUUAUAGAAAAAUUGGUGAAAUGUGAAAGGUUUGAAAUUUUGUGAAUAGAAAUGUUGAUCUUGGUUUUGACAAAUGUACCAUGGUAAUGUAAGAUGCUAACAUUAGGGUAAACUGAAACUGGGUGAGGAGAAUGCAGGAACUCUCUGUACUAUCUUUGCAAAU